AUGGAGGGAAAGAGACAGCUUGAGAAAAGGGACUUUGGAAAAAGGUUGUCUCUAGACAGCAGUCUUGUGGAAUACAUGGACUCCAAUAAAUACAUUGAGCAUCUUCUAACUCAGCUCGAGGAACAACACAGAAAUCUAUGGAGGGAGAAAUUGGCUGUGGCCCGGCUGCAGCGAGAAGUUGCCCAAAGAGGAAGUGAGGGGGCCAUGCAUGAGAAGCUGAUGCAUGAAUUGGAAGAGGAGAGACACUUACGUCUUCAGAGUGAGAAGCGGUUGCAGGAGGUGACACUGGAGUCUGAGCGCAACAGAAUUCAGAUGCGUGGCCUCCAGCAGCAGUUCUCCAGGAUGGAAGAAACAGUACGAAAUCUACUGAAGAGUCAAGGGCCUCCAGAACAGAAAAAAGAAGAAACUGUUAAUAUAAUGGUCUAUCAGGAAAAACUGUCAGAGGAAGAGCGAAAACACAAGGAAACUUUGGAAGGUCUUCACAUGGUGGUGGAUGAGGAUUCGAGGAGUGAAAGCAGCAGUGCAGAUGAGGGGAAAGAAAACACCAAAUUCCUGUUGGAAAGAUUGAAAGCUCUAGAGGCAGAGAAUUCAGCAUUGGCUUUGGAAAAUGAAAAUCAAAGGGAACAGUAUGAGCGAUGUCUUGACGAGGUAGCCAACCAAGUUGUUCAAGCUCUGCUCACUCAAAAGGAUCUAAGGGAGGAAUGUGUAAAGUUGAAAACAAGAGUGUUUGAUUUGGAACAACAGAAUCGAACGUUAAGCAUCCUGUUCCAACAGCGAAUCAGACCAACUUCUGAUCUGCUCCUCCAGAAACUUCACUCACGCAUCUUAGAUCUUUCAUCCGGAGAUUUGCUUUCAGACAUGGAAAGAAGCCGAAGUCUGACGCAGUCACGGACUGAUGUUGAGAUGCAUGAAUGUCAGCUGAGUGCAAAAUCAGGAGUCUCUGCUUUGAAAUGCCCUGGUUUGGGGGUUGUCAUCCCUGGUCGUCUCUGUUCUCGAAACAGCUGCAGCAGCAGUGAGCUGUCUCUUUCGAGCACGUGCAGCGAGUACUCCAGUGGCUCCUCCUACACAUGGCAUGAUGGGAAGAACCUCAGGAAAAGGAAAUCAUCACAAAACUGGGAUAAAAGGCUAAGUAUUGACUCUUCACUCCCGAGUGGCUUUGCUAGUCCUACAGAUGAACUACCUCCAGCUCGUAUCAAGGAAAGUCACAUUUUGGAAGGACUGAGAAAGCUACAGAAGCGAAAAGUGCUACUUGAACCCCAAUCGGUGAUAACCAAAUGGGGUUAUAAAGAUUGCAUGAACUCCAAUGAAGGGAUAUAUUCUCCAGGAAUUAAGAGCAGCAGCCUCAAGGACUAUACCCCCUGCAAACCAGCUGACAGGAGGAGUCCCUGCAAGGAGUCCCACGAGACAUUUGUUUAUGACACAGAUUCCCACGAUGAUGCCGAUGAGGACUCUUCCUCCUUACCCUUGCUCCAGGCAGCUCCAAGCCGGGGCUGCAGGCUGCACAGUCGUAAAUUAACCCACAGUGUUUCUGACAGCCUAUUUGGCUGGGAGCCGAAUAGAAAACACUUUUCAGAAGGCACAUCCUCAGUUUACCCAAGGGAAAGGCCUGAAAAGCUGGCCAGUUGUGCCAGCAACUGCCCCUUGGAGAGGAAGCUGUGCCCGCAUGCACAGACGCCUCAGGUACGGAGAGAGAGGGAGCCGUGUGACCCUGGUUCUGGCCAUGUGGCUCUCAGUCUCCAGCUUUCAGACACCGAUGACAAUGAAGCCCUCGACGAGUUGCACAUCGGUAGCAGUGACGAGAAAAGCCCUUCAGACUUGUCACUGACUGUCGACACUGACAAGUCCAUGGAGAAUCUGGACAUCCUCAUGGGACUUGGAAAAUCUCAACAUAGGUCUCCUGAAGAGGAGGAAAAACAAGUGCCCAUCCCCUUAGAGAGUCGGCCAAAGACAUUUAGCUUCAUUAAGCAGCAGAGGGUUGUAAAAAGGACUUCUUCAGAAGAAUGCAUUACUGUCAUCUUUGAUGCCGAAGACGGCGAGCCCAUUGAAUUCAGCUCUCACCAGACAGGCGUUGUCACUGUUACCAGAAAUGAGAUUUCCAUCAACCAAGCCCCUACUGGACCCAAGGCAGAACUCACUGAACUUUCACCUCAGGGAAUUGCUCAUUUACAGCCGGGAGCUGCUGCAAGAGACUACACUUUCCUAAAGAGACCUGAGGAGGAAACCAAGAAAAACAUUCCAAAAGGUGACAUAGAUAACAUUGCGGUGGCCCGCAAUGGUUCCUUCAGCCCCAGGACAGUAACACAAAGUCCUCAGCGACAAAGACCGGGCAAACCAACAUUGAAUUUGUCAUGCCAGAGUAGUUCUAGGUCUUCGGUGUCCAUGGGUAUCUAUCAAAAGCAGAGUCUGACAAAAGUCCCUGCCAGGGGCAAGGCUUCACCUCAGAAGUCAAAAAUAAUGGAGCCUGAAGCCUCAGCAAGAGUCCCCUCCUCUGGCCCCGUGUCUCUUGAAAAAUCUCCAGCCUUAGCUCCCGGGAAACUCUCGCGAUUUAAGAAGACUGAGGGCCCAGCACCCCUUUUUGAUUUACAUACGGAUUCACACAUUCCAAAACACCCCAGCCAACUGCCUCAUGGCUCCAAAAUGUCCAGCAGAAAGGACUGGGUCCCGUGCUCCAAGAGUCAGAUUCCAGCGUCACAGUUGCUGCCAAGGUCCCUCACUGAGCCUAGUGAUAAUGGAGAAUCCCUGACGAGGGACAAACACUGUGACUCUGGGCCAGAGGCAGGGGUGAAGUCACCUUCCCCCCCACCCCCUCCAGACAGGUCAGGCUCCCUUCUCGUCAGGCCCAGUUACGACUAUUUGCCACCACCCUCAUCAGCCAAGCCUGAAACCAGGGUCCCCAGUGAAGCAGCAAGGACUAUGUACAAAUCCCCCCCUCUGAAAGGACCCUCUGCUCCUAUUAUUUCUUCUAAUCAGAUCCUGGCAGAAGUGCCGGGGAAGAAACCUUCUGUGGCCUUCAGAAAGCCUAUCUUCACUCACCCUCCACCCUCCACAGAAACAGUGAUUCAAACCAGAUGUUCCACACAUACCCCCUCUAGCUCCUUUGUUGUGAUGGCCCCAGGGCCCCCAAAGGUCUCCCCAAAGAGAGGUGUCCCCAAAACUCCGCCUCACCAAAUGCUUGGGACCACACAAAUGGACACUGGGUUACGGACUCCCAAGAAUUGUCCUUCAGCCCAUGAGCCACUGGAAAUCCUGUCCCCCAAAAGUGUGUCUCCAGGAAGAAAAGGACAGCUGAAUGACUGUGUCCCCACAUCACCUAAGCCUUCCUUCUUAGGGGUGAAUGAGGCACCAUCAUCUCAGGUUAGCAGUCACUCAUCAUCACCGUCUUCCAAAAGCCAUAACACCCCAUAUGGUUGUCCAAACGCUCAUGAGAAAGGCCUGAAAACUCGCCUUCCAGUUGGGCUCAAGGUUCUCAUGAAGUCUCCCCAGUUACUCAGGAAAAGUUCCACGGUGCCAGGGAAACAUGAAAAAGACAGUCUGAAUGAAGCCUCUAAAAGUUCGGUGGCUGGGAACAAGUCUAAGCCCGAGGACGCCGGGAAUCCAGUGAGCCUGGAGACCGUAACAGAUGAAAGAAAUGUGACUCCACUGGGUUUUCAGGCACAAGACAGGCUGCCUGAAGGGAUUCCCCUGGAUACAGCAAUGCCAGAGUCAUUAGAAAACAGCAUCCCUGGGGCUGAUGGAAAAGAUGGGGUAGAAAACAAGUCUGUGAAAAGAUCCCUCUCCUCCAGUAAGCCACACCUAAAACCAGCCCUAGGCAUGAAUGGGGCCAAAGCCCGCAGUCAGAGUUUCAGCACUUACUCAGGAGACAAGCCCCCUACACCCCCCGUGGAAGGGCCCGGCAAAGUUCGAACUCAGAUUAUCACCAACACUGCUGAGAGAGGCAAUUCCCUCACCCGGCAGAGUUCCUCCACGGAAGGCUUGCCCAAGACCCCUUCUGCCCCCAUGUCUGAUGGUCUUCCCGGUGCUGGGAGGCCUCUGGGGCAUCCCUCCUCCAGGCAAGGCUCCCCCAGGAGUACAGGCAGCUCCAGCAGCCAGCAUGGGAGCCCAAACAAGUUGCCUUUGAGAGUCCCUCCCAAAUCCGAAGAGCUCCCCACCCCAUGUGGAAUGGAAGAUGAGCAGGGUUACCCCGAGGGAGGGGACAGUGAGGCUGUCCCUGAGGAAGCAGGCAGCGGCCACCACAGAUAUCCACCUGCCCCCACAGACUGCCCACAAGCCCUGCAGAACCCUGGGAGGACACAGCAUCCGGCCAAUUUUGAACCCAGCAGGACAUCCAAGCUGGAGACUUCUGGAAGGUGUCCAGAUACUUCUACAACCAGGACUGGCGCUGUGAGCCCUGAAGCCCCCCUCUCACCUACAAUUGAAGAAAAGGUCAUGUUGUGCAUUCAGGAAAAUGUGGAAAAGGGCCAAGUGCAAACAAAGUCCCCCUCUGUAGAAGCAAAGCCAAAGCCUGGGCCUUCUUUUGCCAGCUGGUUUGGUUUUCGGAGUAGACUUCCAGCGCUCAGUAGCAGGAAAAUGGAUGUCUCCAAAACCAAAGUGGAAAAAAAAGAUGCAAAAGGUUUGGGGUUUGGAAAUAAACAACUAAAAUUGGAAAAGAAAAAAGAGAAAAAGAAGCCUGAGCUGCAGCGUAAAAUAGAAAAUGAACUUACCAGGAACACCAAGGUGGCGGAGAGUCCAGACAGUAGUUUACGAAGCAAAAAUGAUCUGAAAACACCGCAAGGCAUUUAUGACCAAAUGAAGUUUGAACCAAGAAAUAGACCCAGCCCUGUUACAUGUUCUACUAAAGAUACAUUUAUGACGGAACUUUUGAACAGAGUUGAUAAGAAAGCAGCUCAACAGACAGAAAAUGGAUCAAAUAAUGUUUCCUGCAGGAGUGUGUUAAAGGGCAGCUCCCAGGGCUCCUGUCUCACCAGCAUCUCUGCAAGCACUCAAGGAAACCACAAGAAAAACAUCAAAACCAAGGUCGAUGUGGAAAUACUGAAAGGCUCCCUGAUAAAAGAAGCAAGUGUGAGCCUACAGGAGGAUGAAGAUACAGUUGCAGAUUCCACAUUUCAGAGCCACAUCAUAGAAUCCAACUGCCUGAUGAGGACGCUGGACAGUGGGAUUGGAACCUUCCCACUCCCAGACUCGGGAAAUCGCUCCACAGGGCGGUACCUGUGCCACCCAGACUUCCCAGAGGACACCGAGCCCAUCCUCUCUCUCCAGCCAGCACUCUGUGCCGCUUCUUCCAUCAGAGCUCAGACCCUUGAACGAGAAGUGCCUUCCUCUGCAGACAGCCAGGCCUCUGCAGAUAAUGCCAUUGUUCAUUCCACAUCUGACCCCAUCAUGACCACCAGGGCCAUACGGCCUCUUGAGAGUCGCCUCCCCAAACCAGCUUCCUCAGGAAAAAUCAAUUCCCAAAAGCAGAAUGAAGCAGAGCCAAGGCCUCAGACCUGCUCGUCAUUUGAAUAUGCUGAAAACACCAUUACAAGUGAGCAGCUUCCAGACUGGGGGGGUGAAGGCCCCAUGGCUGAGACCCAGGACAAGGGACCCAGAAUGUGUGCGUACUCUGCCAGUGCUGGCAGUGCUAGUGACAGUGACCUGGACUAUGGAGAUAAUGGUUUUGGAGCUGGAAGGGGCAAAUUAGUGAAAGCAAUGAAGAGCGCCACCCAAGGUAACUUGCGGGAGCACCGGGUCUUCCGGGGCAACUCUCUCUCCCGGAAGCCGCUGAUUGCGCCUUUCGCUGUACUCUGCCUCCGCCCCUACCCUUGA